AUGCAAGCACCUAAAUCUGGCAUCAAAUUUUCUUGGUGUAAUAAUAGAGUUGGUGCUAAGAGAAUACUUUGUGAUCUUGAUAAAGCUUUUUUUAACCUGAAAUGGUUGGAUAAGUUUGAAGGUUGGAAUUAUAAGGUUGGGGUCAGAGACUCAUGGGAGGAGCAUUGUGAAGGUAAACCUGCUUUUAAAUUUAUGAUCAAAUUAAAAAGAUUUAAAGUUACUGUCAAGAAAUGGAAUUGGGAGGUCUUUGGGGAUUUAAGGGUGAAACUGAAACAGGCUGAAAAUGAUGUUUUGAGUGCUUCAGUAUUAUCAGAUGCUCAACCUGAGAAUGUAGAAUUACUAGAUAAAUUGGUUAUAUCUAGAGGCAAAUAUGAGAUUGUGGCUCAGCAACAUAAUGAAUUACUAAGGGCAAAAUCAAGAGUUAAGUGGAUCAAAGAGGGUGGUGCCAAUUCUUCCUUCUUUCAUGCUAAUAUGAAAAUUAAAAAAGCUAAGAAUACUAUUUAUGAAAUUGAUAACUCUGCUGUAUUUUCUAUGGAUGCAAAUAGCUCUCCAGGACCAGAUGGGUUCCCUGGAAGUUUUUACAGAUAUUCUUGGGAUGUUAUUGGAGCUUUCAUUAAAGAAAGGAAUAUUCAAGAAAAAAUUGUUUUGGCUUCUGAACUGGUGAAUGAGAUGAGCACAAAAAGAAGAGGUGGAAAUGUAGGUCUCAAACUAGAUAUUACUCAAGCCUAUGAAUCUCUCAGUUGGGAGUUUUUAUUUGAAGUUCUAAGACACUUUGGUUUCUCAGAUGGAGUGAUUGAAUGGCUUAAGAAAAUCUUUGAGUCUACAAGAAUUUCAGUGCUUGUGAAUGGUGGACCAUGUGGUUUAUUUGGUGUAGGAAGGGGAUUGAGACAAGGUGAUCCCUUAUCACCAAUAUUAUUUGUAUUAGAUGAGGAAGUGUUAAGUAGAAAUAUUACUAAGCUGGUACUUGCUGGUGCAAUACAACCAAUGGUUAAUAGAGGGGGAUGUGAUCCAGCAGUGAAGAAAUUGAUCACAGUAAAAUGGGAUGAAGUAUGUGCACUAUUAAAGGAAGGUGGAUUGGGUUUAAGAAGGUUUGAAAUUAUCAAUAAAGCACUCUUAAUGAAACUUCUUUGGAAAAUAGAGAAUGUUCAUGAGGAAUGGACAGAUUUUAUGAGAGCUAAGUAUAAAAAUAAGAAUGGUGAAUGGUUCACUUCUUAUAAGCAAUCAUCCAUUGUUCCUUGGCUUGAAUGGGUUAUGCAUCAUGUCAAUGGGGGGAGUAGAUGGUUGAUAGGUGUUGGAAAGGAUGUAUCAGUUUGGAAAGAUAACUGGGUUAAAGACCUUAAUGAGUUACCAGCUUUAGGGCUUGGAAAGGAUAGAAAGGUGUGGGCAGCUGACUUGAAUGGUGAAUUUUUUGUGGCCAAUGCAGUGCAAAUGAUUAGAAGAAAAUAUCCUGAAGUGGCUUGGGAAAAAAAGGGGGUAAAAGUGGCCACAGUAAUAGUCAAGCAAUGCUUCUUUAAACUACCUGCUUUGAACCAAACUUUGUUGUGUUGUGAUGGUGCCUCUAGAGGGAACCCAUGGAAAGCUGGUCAUGGUUUCAUUGCAAGAAACUCUGAUGGAGGGUGUAUUGGUGCUGCUGCUGGUGGGAUAGGGAUUGCCACAAACUACAUUGCCGAGAUCAUGGGUCUUAUUUGUGCUGGUGAAUGGGCAGUUCAAAAACAGAAAUGGAAUGUGUGUUUUAGUCUUGAUUCACAUGCUGCUCUGAUGGCUUUCACAAUUGAAAAAGUUCCUUGGAUGGUACAGAACAGAUGGCAGAAAAUCAAAGAAUAUUUGUAUGUUAUUUCUUUUCAACACAGUUACAGGGAAGUGAAUACAUCUGCUGACACAAUGGCAAAAGAAAGGUGCUCAUCUUGCAAGGUGGGAAUGUAUCUUUUAUGA